UUGCUUUCACGCACUUACAGAAAGUCUGCAGUCACUUACAGUUAACACACAACGCAUCAGUCCAGCGCAGGACGCGCAGCUGUCAGACGCGUAAUUGCGCGGAACAUCAGUUCCGAUAAAUCACGCCAAACAGUCCAAUCCGCCGGAACUCACCAUACAGCCAGGCGGUCUUUGGGGUAGUUGAGGCGGUCGAUGGCUCCGAGGACGUGCGGCAGAGAGUGCGCCGAGUUGCGGCAGACCAGCGCGAGCAGCACCCGCGGCGCGAGCAACGCGGACUCCGGGCUCCAGCGCUCCUCCGGGAAAUAACCGCGCGCCGGACCGAUCCAGAGCAGCAGGACAAAGAAACACAGCAGAUGCAUGGCUGGAGAACGAGGAAAACUGAGAAAAAGCGGAAGAUCGGGCAGGAAAGCGGAACGGCGAGACUGAUCGCGGCGCGCUGACGCGAACAGUGACCCCCGGCGACUUAUUGCCAACCGACAGAAAAGCGGAGCGACUCUAGGUGGUCCCGGGAGCAGAUUUAAAGGGAAGGGCUUCUUACUAAAAAGAGAAAAAGGUUGUUGUGCAAAAAAAAAAAAAAGUCAGAAAAAUACACUGCCUUCAAUCAUCUGGUAAAUGACGGAGAGAUUAUAAUAUAUGGUAAUUAAACUCUAUAGACUGCAAUUAAACUCUAUAAACGGAUGUGUUCGCCUUUAAUUUCGCGGCGACCCCUUUAAGAAAAGCAGCUGUGCUCGGUUGGAAUCUGCUAGAAAGUUUGUGGGCGUGGCUAACGCACUCACAUGAGCGUACUACAGUAGUCUCGUGAGCAGACCAGAAGAGUAUACAUGCACAGUUAUUAAAACAGUAGAGAGGGACAAACGGUGCUUCUGAAACACAACCGGGUCACAGUUUUGAAGCGCUCGCCGAGGACAUCUGCUGGUCACAGUCAUAGCCUAAAUGCAAAGAGUCCAAAUCAGCUAUACAUUUUUUUAAUGCACAAUAUGAUACGCAAAUAUAAUGUAAUACUAAAAAUAAUAACUCUACCCCUAAUCGUAACUGUCACACAAACCUGUUGACAUUUUGUUUUUUACUCUUAUUUUAAAUGGUCUUAUUGUAAAACAAUAAAAAAAUAUGUGUGUAGGAAUGUUACUAAUACGUUGUCAGUAUAAACUAGGUGUUUUUCAUGCUUUUGCAGCUUUGCAUGUGAAUCAGAGCGGUUCAUCAGCGCCCCCUGUUGUUUGGGUAUAUUAACGCUUUAGUGAUUCUUUCCGACCUUCUUUUUCUUCCAAUGAAAGUUUGACAUGUCAUUUCCUCAUACAGAGGCUGUACUAAGACUGGGAAGUGUUUAUUUUGGACGUCUAAAGUCAGAUUUGUUCUGAGUUAGUUUCAUCUCUUCUGUCUCUAAAUGGCUCUUGAGGAUGAGCUGUCGUGUCCCGUGUGCACUGAACUCUUCAGAGAUCCGGUGUUAUUGAGCUGUGGACACAGUUUCUGCCGGCAGUGCAUUAAUGCUCACUGGACCUCCAGCAGCUCCAGAAACUGUCCCGUCUGUCGACAGGUGUCUCCGCAGGAACCGGUGUCCAACCUGAGCUUGAGGAACACCUGUGAGGCUUUCCUGAGAGAGAAAAACAAGAAGGAGCAGAAGGAUGGAGAGCACGAGUGUCUGAUACACGGAGAGAAAAUCGAGCUGUUCUGUCAAACUGAUGAAGAGGCUAUAUGUGCAACGUGUAAGGAACAUGAGCACAGAUGGCACAAAACGCAAAAGCUACAGCAGGCCGUGCGACAACGCAGGGGGAAGCUGAAGACAGCUCUUCGUUCAGCUGAGAAGUCUUUGGUCUCAUUCAAGAAAGGUACAGCACGGGACCCCAAAAUCUCCAGGUACAUUCAGUUUCAAGCUCAGCAUACAGAGAGAAAAAUCAGAGUGGAGUUUGGGACACUGCAUCAGUUCCUCAGAAAAGAGGAGGAGAGCAGGAUAGCGGCUCUAAAUGAAGAGGAGAAAGAAAAGAGAGGGAAGAUGGAAAGAAUAAUACAAGGAGGAAUAUUGUCUCUCUCUGACAGAGUCAAAGAACUGGAAGAAGGAAUUGAGGAUGAUGACGUCACCUUUCUGCAGAAUUAUCAUGGAAUUAUGGACAGGACUGACUACACACUGCCAGAUCAGGAGCUGAGUUCAGAAACUCUUAUCGAUGUUCCCAAACAUCUGGGGAACUUGAAGUACCAAGUGUGGGAGAAGAUGAAGGACAUCUGCUCUUACUACCCUGUGAUCCUGAAUCCAAACGCUGCUCCACCAGACAUCUCUGUGUCAGAUGACCUGACCUCUGUGACCUCAUGUGUUCAUCAGCAGGACGAGCCCAACCCUCUUCAUCUGCACAGGAACCGUAUGGUGCUGGGCAGUGUGGGAUACGCUGAUGGUGUUCACGCGUGGGACAUUGAGGUGGGAGACAGUCACCACUGGAGUCUUGGAGUGUGUUUUGGAUUGGAGGGAAAACCUACUACACAACCUUUGACCCCUGAAAACAGCUUCUGGGGUCUCAGACGCGACGGAGACUCGUAUGAAUUGAUGACCGCUGGGAUGUCGAGAUUAAAUACCAGUUUACAUCCAGUGGUAGUGAGAGUAAAGCUUGUGUAUUGUUAUGAGUAUCUUCAAGACACGAUGCAGCUGAAACGCUGGAGGAAGGUGAGCUUUUCUGAUGCUAGCAGCGAUUCAUUAAUUGCAGAAUUUGCUAGAGUGCCACUGGAGAAGAAACUCUUUCCCUUUGUGAUCCCAGAAGAUCAGGCCGUCCCGCUGCGUUUCGUCCCAGCUAACGUUACUCUAACUGUUGAACAGAAAACAUCAUUGCUGGAGAGAAAUCGAGUCUCUUUUCUCUUUGUCUGUUUUAUUUCUUUCAUGUUUAUAUUGGUGAUUCUGUUAGGAAAGAGUGACCGACAGGGCAGGUGAAAAGUAAAUGUCUGUUUAAUUACCGUAAUGGUCUGUUAUAAUGGUUCAGUCAGCUAAAGCAGACUUCUGAGCAAAACUAAACGAUCUAGCAUCACUGCACUAUAAUGUGAAUAUAAUGGAGCCCACGUCCAUGAUGAUAAUAAUGCACAGCGCACACUUGACAGUUUCUGUUCAACAGUUUCUUGUAAUUUUUGUGAAAGACAGUUUUACAGCACUGGUUUAUUAUUGUAGUAGAAUGAUUUCAGAAAUGUAUCAAUCCUUUAUCAUCCUCUCAAUAUCCUGUAGCAGCACAGUAUUGUUGUGAUGUAUCAUGUGACUCAUCUUUGCUUCUAGUAGCGCCAGUAUCCUGGUUUAUGUGUGUAAAUAUCAUGUUUGACCAGGUUUUCUGUCUCCAGUCUGUUUCCAUUCGGUCUGCCUUUUGCCAAUAGAAUGGUGUGCAUUUUAACAUCAUUUCCACAAAGGAUGCAAGUUACAGUGAAAUGAAAGAACAGGUAAUAACGUAAUGAGAGCACACUGGGCUUAUAAGCUUUGACAAUGACAGUAACAUCAAUCAAGAAAAAACAAAUCAAAUCACUGUUGAUUUUUCUGAGUCAGAGAUGCAGUUGUAGCCUAAACAGUCUAUUUGAGUAUUUAACAUUUUAAAUGGUCUACAUGCCUGCAGUGGACAGAUGCCAUGUUUUUGCCUUAGAUAACGAUUCUAAGAUUUGCUUAGAGCUUUU